GCCUUUCAUACCUGCAGGCAAAGCCAGUCAGGAAAUAUAUAAAGGAGAAGCUCAGCUCAGCUCUCAGCCAAGGCCCUUCCUGGAAAGAUGAAUCCUACCAGCUUCUUCCUCCUUACAUUGCUCCUGGUUCUGGUGACAGAACCAGCUUCGGGGAGAUUCCAUGAUAAGUUUUCACAAGACACAAGUGAAAACCUUGAACUAAAGACCCUGGGGAGCAGUGGGGGAUCGAGUUCUAGCCAUGAUGAAUUCAGCCACAGUGAGAGCUCAUGGAGCGCCUUUAAAUCAAAAAGUCCCAGGACUACCAUCACUGAGGAAGUCUUCGAGGAAAGGAAGCAGAAACAGGGUAACGACGAUGGCAAUCUUAAUUUCAAGACAAGAGCAUCUGAAGAAGAAGGCAUGAGCUCCUUUAAAACUAGAAUGAAAACCCAGAUCACUGGGAAAUAA